CCGAAAGUCAACCCCUCACCAACCAAACAAACCAUCUUCACUUACUCUUCUGCAUACGCUCUCCCACCCACGCAACUCUCCAUUUCCACGUCCAAACCAAGACCUGCAAUUACCUUAGAUCUGAAACAACCAAACCAGGCCGGUUGAUUCCUCCCUCUACCACCCGCAACAAUGGCCGACAACCCGGACGUGGAAUCCACCAACAAGGCCUUCGUGCCCCUCGAAAACAACCCCGAAGUAAUGACCCAUCUAAUCCACCAACUCGGCCUACCCCCCACCCUAGCCUUCACAGACGUCUACUCGAUCGACGAACCGGACCUCCUGGCCUUCGUGCCCCGGCCCUCGCACGCCCUCCUCCUCGUCUUCCCCGUCUCCGCGACCUACGAAACCGCCCGGAUCACCGAAGACAGCGGCCUGCCCGCCUACACGGGCUCGGGCCCCGCCGAACCCGUGAUGUGGUUCAAGCAGACCAUCCGCAACGCCUGCGGGCUGAUCGGCCUGCUGCACGCCGUCGCCAACGGCGAGCCGCGGCGGCAGAUCGUCGCCGGAUCGGAUCUGGAUGGUCUCGUGCAAGAAGCGGAGGCGCUGGACCCCGGGCGCCGGGCGGAUCUGCUGUACGAGAGUAAGGCGCUGGAGAGCGCGCACGCGGACGCGGCGCGGCUGGGCGACACGCAGGCCCCGCGGGCGGAGGAUAACGUGGAUCUGCACUUUGUGGCGUUUGUGAAAGGGGCGGAUGGACGGUUGUGGGAAUUGGAUGGGCGGAGGAAGGGGCCCCUGGAGCGCGGGGUGUUGGGCCCCGGUGAGGAUGCCUUGAGUGAGAGGGCGUUGGAGUUGGGGGUGAGGCGCUUCUUGCAGGUGGAGGCCCGGGGCGGGAAUCCGGAUUUAAGGUUUAGUUUGGUGAGUUUGGGGCCGAGUUUUGAUUGAUUCCGGUG